AUGCUUGAUUAUCUUACCACGUGGCAUGGUGAUCCAUCCCUACAACGCAGGCUGGAGAUCCUGACCUGUCUACAGAGCUGGAAAGUGGUUGUACGGAUAGUGGUUAUCCAUACUAACGCCAGAGCUGCGGCUCAGUCGGGUCUUUUCGGUCUACUGGGCGAUGCACCAGUUCAAAUUCUUGAUAUAGCCAAUGAAGUGCAGAUUGAUCAGUUUUUUGACUUUGCGGCCAAGUGCCAUGAUGAGAAUCAUAUCCCAGUGGACCUCCACCGAGACUCUACCGAUUUGGUGACACGGCAGAUGAAAACGUCUAUUCUCGAAAAAUAUGGAUCCAUGAACGAUAAGUUAUUCCUAAGAUUACGCCCCGCUAUUAUGUUUCGACUCUGCAUGUGCAAGAUUAAAAGGCGUCGCUCGCCUCCACCUCCUUGA